UCUUCAAAAUGUUCUGGUUCCGGCACCAGUCCGUCCGUGAAAGCGGGCCAUCUUCAGCACCAGGACAUCUUCCUAAAGGAGGCUCCAGCCAGCAGGCAGAGACUCCCAGAACCCGACCGGUACCGUGGUACCUUUGGACCUCCAUGGCAGCAGAGAUGACAGCAGAUGUUUGAGGUCCUGCUGCUGGUCGGCACUGAGGGACAAACUGUUCCUCCUGUCCUGAUGAGGACACAUGUUUGGUUCUGAGGUUCUGAGGUCCGCAUCGAUACAACCAGAACCAGAACACGGAGCUGCAUGAUUUUAAAAUGCUUUUUAUCAUCAUAAAAAAUGCCACAAAAUAUCAAGAUAACGUUUGAGGUCCAGACAGAAGACACCAAGGUCCAGAACCUGGUGUGUUUUGGUCCAGUGGAUCCAAAGCAGAACCUUUUAAAUCUUCAUUCUGAAUCCACUCCCACAGGAAGGCACGGUGGCGGCAGCAUCAUGCUGCGGGGGAACCCCCCCUCAGGUGGACCUGGGUCUGUGGUGAGCUCAGUGACUGAUGAGUUCUGACCCAAAACCUGAGGACACGUUCAGGAACCAGAGUUCUUCUCCUGGUUAACCGAUCUAAACCUGUUCUAAAACCUGUUCUACUUGGAACUCUAGGCAGAACCGUACUGCCAGCAUCCCGGUGAGGGUCGGACCGGUCUGCAGGUCCAGCAGGACCGAUGAAGAACACGGGUCGGUCCAGUUGGUCCUGGGAUCAGUUUUUAGGUUUUAACUGAGUUUAGAUCAGUUGUUUACAGCAGGGACAGAUCCAGGAAUCACCAGGACCGAGUCACUGUUGGACCGGUUCUACAGGUAGAACUGUACAGUACACCUGCGGGCGUUACCUGGAAACUGAACCUGAUGAUGACACGUGAUGCCAGCUGAUAACUGAUGAUGCAGCUCUAAGUUCCUCCCAGAAUGAGUGGUGAUGAAGAGAUCCAAGCUGGCCUUCCUCUUCCUCUUCCUUGUCCUCCUGAUGGUCUACAUCCUGUUCCUAAAGCAUCAUUACUCCUCCUUCGGACCGUCCUCCUUCAGACUGCCUCCACACCUCCAACCCGCCUCAGACAGAACCAAAGCGACCCGGUCCAACUCCUCUGAUGGAGACAGAUACCUGUAUGGCAUCAUGUUUGAUGCUGGGAGCACUGGGACCAGAGUCCAUAUCUUCAGAUUUCAGAUGGAGAAUGAAGGAGCUCCCAGACUGGACCAUGAGACGUUCAGGGCCAUCAAGCCGGGGCUGUCAGCGUACGCUGAUGAUCCACAGAAGUGCUCUGCCGGCAUCAUGGAGCUCCUGGACGUGGCCAGGUCCACUGUCCCUCCUUCCAAGUGGACCAGAACCCCGGUGGUCCUGAAGGCUACAGCCGGUCUCAGGAUGCUGCCUGGAGAGAAGGCCAACAAGCUGCUGGACAGGGUGAGGGCGCUGUUCCAGAACUCUCCCUUCCAGUCCAGAGAUGACAGCGUUUCAAUCAUGGAGGGAACCGAUGAAGGGAUUUCUGCCUGGAUCACCAUCAACUUCCUCACAGGUGGUCUUCACCGCUCAGGCUCUCCCACCGUGGGGAUGUUGGACUUAGGCGGCGGCUCGACCCAGAUCACCUUCAGUCCUCGUGAUGAGAAAACCAUCCAGACGUCCCCAAUCGACAACAUCAGGUCCUUCCAGAUGUUCAACAGCACACACACCGUCUACACACACAGCUAUCUGGGCCUGGGUCUGAUGUCGGCUCGGCUCGCCAUCCUAGGAGGCGUGGACGCUCCGCCCCCAGGGGGCGCCGCUGAGCUGGUCAGCCCCUGCCUUCCCCCGGGCGUGUCGGGCAGCUGGGAGCACGGCGAGGUGGUCUACACCGUGAAGGGCCAGAAGGCAGGGGAGCCGGUUUACGAGGCGUGCCUCAACAAGGUCCAGAAGGUUCUGUACAGGAAGCUGACCAAAGCGUCUGAGGCGGCGGACUUAGACUUCUACGCCUUCUCCUUCUACUACGACCGCGCCGUCGACCUCAAGGUCAUCGAUGAGAAGAAGGGAGGAACCAUCAGAGUUUCUGACUACAUCCAGGCGGCUGAAAGAGUGUGCGGCGGCGGUCUGGAGCCACAGAAGCCCUUCCUCUGUCUGGACCUGGUCUACAUCUCGGUUCUGCUGCAGGAGCUCGGCCUCCCCCCCCACAAGCAGCUCCGGCUGGCCAGAACCAUCAACCAGGUGGAGACCAGCUGGGCCCUGGGGGCCACCUUCCAGCACCUGGAGUCCCUGAGGAGACACUGAGCUGCUGCACAAGGUCCGGGUUCUGGAGAACACCCGGUCCGGCUUCUGGAACGAUCUCAGGGAACCAUCCGCUGUGACCUCACUUCCUGUUUCCAUCAGGACCAGACGGGCUCUCCUCCGCCGUUCAGAGUUUCUGGCUCGGUUCUGAUGUUUGGGCCAGAACCAAACAAACUCUUCAGAUUCUUUUCCUUUAUGACGCAGAGCGACAGAAUCAGAACCAGUCAGGCCGGUUCUGACUGUCACUGGAGGGAAACUGAAGUUCUUCCAGACCAAAAGACGGAAACAAGGCGGUUCUGAAAACCCAAACCGGCUGAAGUUCUGAGAAUUCUGGAUCAACACAGAUGGUUCAGAUCCAGAAAACAAGUCCUGAACGGGUUCUUCUGGGUUCUGUUUGAAUGAGCUGUGUGUGUAAAACUGAAUAAACCCGGUCCGGUCCGGUCCGGUUAACCCAG